UAAAGUCCAAAAUCAAGAUCCCCUCAUUUCUCCUCAUUCAGCGACGCGAUCCCCUCAUUUCUCCUACCCAACGAAAUCAAGAUCGAACGCCGCCGCCGCCGCCCUUCCCCGUCGCCGGCCACCUUCCCUCCGCCGCUCCCUUCUCCAUCAGGCCAAACUCAACCCGAUCCCCACGCACAAGAUCGACCUCCGCCGCCAUGUGCUCGCGAAGUAGAGAGGCGGCGCCCCCAUGGACCGCUCUGCGUCGCGGCGGCUCGUUCGCCGGCGCGCAGCGCUCCGUCUGCCCGCGUCUCGCGCGUGCCUGACGGGUGCUGCUUCACGCCGGCGAGGUGGUGCAGGCCGUCCGGACGCGGCGCCGUUCCGCGCUCCGUCCUCGCCGUCGACCAUACGGUGGCCUCGCCGCGCGCGCCCUGCUCCGGGGCGUCGCCGUGCAGAAGAGCAGCCGGUACCGGAGCUUCUCCGGCCAGGAGUCGGUCACAUCCGUUGGUGCUACCUUGAGAGGGGAUGCAAGUUUUCAGGUAUACUUUCUUCGGACAUUUCCCGUUGGAGGGAUGUCAUGUGCCAAGCAAAGUCACGGAUGGGGAAGUCUGUUUGUUGUAUUAUGCCACACUGCCACAUGAGACAGCUGGCUUACCAGGUUGCUCUAUUCUAUGGAGGUGUUCACAUAAAGAAGCCAUAAGGAUUUAUUUGCUGCUGUCACUGUGGAAGGAUUCUAGCUCUAGCUAGAGAGAAGGACUUUUCUUUGAAGAAUGUGAAGCAUUUCAUUCUUGAUGAGUGUGAUAAGAUGAUAGAGUCACUUGGUAAUUUUUUAUCCUCAUUUCUUCCGUGUAUAUAUGAUGCGUGGAAGUGUAGGGUCUGCUAAGCUAUUUGCUGCA